ACGGUAUUGUUCCAAUUUCUAUACAGAUCUCUAUCUUUCUUUUUUCUUCGUCUCUUUAUCUUAUUUUGUAGAUUUAUUCGAAAGCCAAGGCAUGGAAAAUUUGAUCCAUUUAACCAACAAGCUACAAACGGUAGUGGCUUCCGUAGGUGCUGACAAUGCACUUGACUUGCCUCUCAUUGCAGUGGUUGGUUCACAGUCUUCGGGCAAAUCGUCUGUUCUCGAGACGUUGGUUCAACGUGAUUUUUUACCUCGUGGCAGUGGUAUUGUUACCCGCAGACCGUUGAUACUUCAGCUUGUCACUUUGAAACAACCACAACGUCAUGAUGAGCUUGAUGAGCACCAUGAUGCCUCUGCCACAACAACCGCUGCCACUACCAACACAAGUACAGUCGUAGGAGUAGCACCAUUAGAAGAAUAUGGUGAAUUCUUACACAUCAAGAACAAAAAGUUUUAUGAUUUUGAAGAGAUUCGACAAGAGAUUGAACGCGAAACGACUCGAUUAGCUGGAAGCAAUAAAGGCAUCUCUCGCAUGCCCAUUCAGUUACGUAUUUAUUCUCCUCGAGUUUUAAACUUGACGUUAGUGGAUUUGCCAGGCUUAACAAAGAUUCCAAUAGGGGACCAGCCUAAUGAUAUUGAAAAACAAAUAAGAAGCUUGGUGAUGGAUUACAUUUCGAAUCCGAAUAGUAUUAUUCUCGCAGUAACACCAGCUAAUUCAGAUCUCGUGAAUUCAGAUAGUUUGAAAGUCGCUCGACAAGUCGAUCCAGAAGGCAAACGAACCAUUGGUGUAUUAACCAAAUUAGAUUUGAUGGAUGCGGGCACCAACGCGUUAGAUAUCUUAUCAGGCAGGUCUUACCCGCUCAAACUAGGCUUCAUUGGCGUCGUCAAUCGAAGUCAACAAGAUAUUUUGACCAACAAACCCAUGGCGAGUGCGUUAGAAGCAGAAAAGCAAUUCUUUCAAACCCAUCCAGCCUAUAAAAGCAUCGCCUCUCGAUGUGGCACUCAAUACCUCAGUCAACAGUUAAAUACCAUCCUUCAUCAACAUAUCAAAGAAAAGUUACCCGAAUUAAGGACCAAAUUAAGUACAUUGAUUAGCCAGACACAACAAGAGUUGAAUCAAUACGGUGACCCGCUCAACAGUAGUAGCCACCCUGCUCUUUUGAACGGCCUACCCAAGGAAGAGCUUGCUUUGUAUCAAGGGCCCCUCAUUUUACGUCUGAUCACCAAGUUUUCCAAUGAUUUUAUUGCAGCGAUUGACGGUACAUCGGCGGAGAUGUCGACGAAGGAAUUGUGUGGUGGCGCACGUAUUUAUUACAUAUUCAACAAUGUGUUUGGACAGGCAUUAGAAGCGAUCCCAGCCUGCUCUAAUCUGACCAAUCAUGAUAUCCGUACAGCCAUUCGGAAUUCGACGGGUCCUCGUCCUUCUUUAUUUGUGCCCGAGUUGGCGUUUGAUUUAUUGGUUCGACCGCAAAUCAAAUUAUUAGAAGCGCCUAGUUUAAGAUGCGUCGAGUUAGUCUACGAAGAAUUGAUGAAAGUGUGUCACAGUUCAGAAAUCAAGGAAUUAUUGAGAUACCCACGACUCCACCAACGUUUGGUUGAAGUCGUCUCCGAACUACUACGAGAAAGAUUAACACCCACGUCAAGCUAUGUAGAAAGUUUGAUUGCUAUUGAAAGAGCGUAUAUCAAUACCAAUCAUCCUGAUUUCUUGGGUGCAGCAGGCGCGAUGGCCAAUAUUGAAACCGAAACAAAGCGAAAGAAAAAAUGGGACAGUAAGCGAAAACAGCAACAGUCCAUGCUAUCACACACCACGACAAUGACGGCGACGGCGACGGCGACGACGACGACGACGGCGUUACUCAAUGGCAAUGUCUCUCAGAAUAACAGCAGUAGUCAGCCACCCCCUGUGAGCGAUCCAUCCUCCAUGGCCGACCCGAAUGAGAUGGAUGGCGAGGCUAACCAUGAUCAGCACCACCACCACCCCCCUCGAGAGAGUACCCAUAGUAAUAAAAAAGGAGACGCUUCAUUUUUAACGUAUUUCUUUGGUGGAGCCAGCAAAAGUGAACGGCCGGCACUAGGUUCGCAAGAAAUGAUGAACAAAGUACAACACUAUGUUCCACCGUCGAUUUCUGUCAAUAACUUGAUGGAAAACGAACUGGUGAUCAAACGCUUAGAACAAGCUUCUCUACAAAGCAACCCUAACACGAUGGCGUCAGAGAAUAGUGCUUUCAUCAACGAUAGAGAAGAAUUAGAGAUUCAACUGAUACGUACUUUAAUUACAAGCUACUUUAACAUUGUCAGAAAGAACAUUCAAGAUUUGGUACCUAAAGCUGUCAUGCACUUAUUGGUCAAUUAUUCCCGCGAAUCCAUUCAAAAUAGACUGGUGGCUUCUCUUUACAAAGAACAGCAUUUCGAAGAAUUACUGCAAGAGGAUGAUGCCAUUGCUCUUGAAAGAGAAAAAUGCAAAUCCAUGUUGAACGUUUAUAAACAAGCUUUUGAUAUCAUUAAAGAUGUCAUGUAAAAAAAAAAAAAAGAAAGCAACCCACUACACGCGCUUUUCGGGGGGCGAAGGGGGGGGGGUGAGGGGGGGUUUGUUUUUCCGAGA